AUGGCUCCAAUAACAAAACGAGUAAAGGCGGCACGUCACAAUGGAUGUGGAGAUUGUCCCAGUGCAAACAGAGUAAAAGAGCUGUCAUCGGAAGUGGCGGCUCUAAAAGCUGAAAUAAAAGCUUUGAAAUCAGAAAACGAAGAGCUGAAAUCAGAUAAACGACAGCAAGAAGAGUUGAAUAAUCGAUUUCCCGAGUUGUUGGCAGUUUGGAGAACUCGUUACGAGGAGGCGAUGGACAAACAUUUGAAUAAAGUGCUGAUGCGUGGCGGUGACGUGUUCAUUCCGAUGGGUGUGCAUUUACGAGAAAUGAAGACAAUUGAAACGUGGAAACGGAGACACGACGCAGAACAGACACUGAGAAAACGACUGGAAGGAUUCAUUGAGAAGUUUAAGAAGAAUAAUAAUGAGUUGAGAAGAGACUACGAGACACAGGAGAAGGCUUUCAAGAAGGCAAAGAAAAUGUUGGCGAUUUUGAUGCCGGAUAAGCCGAAGAGCUCGAGCUACGAGGAUGAUGAUACAGAAGAUACAGAAGUAAUACCGAAAAGAGAAGACACUCCGUCAACCACUCUGGAAGGUCUGGAAAUAAUACCAAAAAGAGAAGACAUUCCGCCGUUAAUCCCUGCGAAUAGUCUGGAAAUGAUACCAAAACGAGAAGAACAGACCAUAGAAAAAUUAAUGAAUGUGAAAGAAGAACAAUUUGAAGAAUGGUAUCAACCAGCUGUCAAAAUGGAAAUAGAAGAUUUCGAUUUCACACAGAAUCCAGAAGCCUCCACGUCGUCAUCACUCAAUUUAACUUUAAAUUUUCCAUAA